ACUACCAGGAGAAAUUCAUUAGCACAAACAACAAAAGAGGCAGAGUUUCUGAAAAGCUAAAAACAGAAGGACGUAGUAAUUGCCAGGAACAACUAUAACAAGUUAGGUGAUCGUCUUUCUGGCUCUCGCAGAGAAGAGCGGAGAUGCGCCUUCAUCCUGCUCUCCAGCUGUUCUUGUCACUUCAGAUGCGCGGAAAGGCGAUCAGAUGCCAGUGGUUAUCUGGCCGCAUGCAAACUUUGAACAUAUACAUGACCGCGUCUACCUGGAUGGCUUGCUGGAACUUAUCGUACUUGCACUAUUCAUCGGCAAGCGAUUCCUGUUCCUGCGUUCUGAUCUCAGAUUCUUUAUCACUCAGAAGACCGUUGUCAAGGCCUUACCUCCGAAACGACCGGUGCUUAGCGAGCCCAGGCACCUUCUGAGCCCCUCAUAACGGCGGGCGUAUGGGGGUUAGCGUAU